AUGUCUCAAUCCCACCCAACGUCAGCGACGCAAGCCAAAGACCGGCACUAUGCCCACCUUUCGGGCAGCCUGAUCCGCUUAUCGCACUCGAUAGGCCAGACGGCGGACCUGUUCGCGGCGCUGCAGGUUGACCUGGACGCGAUGCGGUUGCUCGCUGGUUGGCAUGCUGCACAGUUUAUGACUGUAGGUGCUACGACGACUGAGCAAGUCAUGCGGGCGGCGGAGCAGAGUCAGGACGGGGAUUCAGAGUAG